GUGGUUGUUUUAUUUAGCCGCUUUGAGUGGUGCGUAUUUUGCAUUUCGUGCGAAGUGAUUUUUACAAUGUCUACGGAUACGACGAGAGGAUGGUCGAAGUACGCACGAGAGUACGACCCGAUUAAAUGCGGUUCAAUCGAUGGUAAAGUGAAAAAACCUUAACCCUCCAGUGCACGGUUUCUGUCUCCACUGCUGUAAAUGCAUAUCUUUUCUCUUUAAAAUAUGAAAUCCGUAAAAAAAUUCGAAAAACAAUGUGUUUGGAGGGCGCUGUACUAUAAUUAUAUUAAUAAUCGUUUACGCGACAAUCUAAUUGAAUGAAGGCAUUGAAGCGUGUUAGAGCAUUUCGUUCAAGACCAUAACAGUACACUACAGGACUACGGUACGCUGUAGGAGGCAACAUGGCCAACAUUGCGAUGACUAUUAAGCUGAUUUCACCCAUGUACUUAUUCAUAGUUGAUGCAAAUCCUUGUGCCACCAGUGAUUUCAAUCGCGGCCUUCCACUCCGACAGCCUAGCGCUAUAUUAUUAUGUUGUAUACAAUGUACACCAAGUAAAUGAACAGUUGCCUUUUUCGAUAUAAAUUCAAAAUGAAUCAAUCAAAACGGUUACUUGAUGUUUGUUGUGUAUAUGAAAAGUCUCAGUUCAUUUGGUUUUGAAAAGAGCUAACGUUGAAUAGUUGUUUUUUCAUUAGCUUCAUAUGACAGUCUUCCCUAAGCUGUUGUUAAAUAAUGACCGCCGGUAUAUAGAUAUAUUCUUUUUUAAGGUUUUAUAUGAAACAAAACCUCGUAAGAAUCGAGUCAAUAUCUUUCUGUCACACCCGAUUUAUUUGGAACAGGCUAGGCCGAUUGCCACGGAAAUUGGAACCGAUACCGUACCUCAUGACCGUGGUGUUAUUCGAGCUUUAAAUUCGACAUAUCGCCCAAAUGAGAAGGUAACCGGAAAUCCAGAACGCACAAUUUUCAUUGGUCGUCUACAUAUCAAAACGAACGAGGAUACACUUUGCAAGAAAUUUGAAAAGUUCGGAAAAAUAAGAAAUUGUCGUGUGGUACGCGACAUCGUAACCGGUGUAUCUAAAUGUUACGCUUUCAUCGAAUUCAAAAGAUCAUCAUCAGCACAAUGCGCCGUAAAUGAAAUGCAGAAAGCCUACAUUGAUGACUGUGAGAUAGUUGUAGAGCAUGAGUUCGAAAGAACAAUGAAAGGUUGGAAGCCGCGCCGACUUGGAGGAGGAUUUGGCGGAAGAAAAGAAUCUGGGCAACUUCGUUUUGGAGGCAGAGCACGACCAUUUCAAAAACCGUUUGAGCUAUAUAGUAAACCUUCACAUUCUCGAGACAAGCGAUGACCGACAAUCCUUAACAUUUUGAGAAAGGUUUGCUCAUUAGGAUUCACCAUUUCCCACCCUGGCAAAAGAUACACAUGUGUAAUAGUCAUUUAAUAAUUUACGCUUAUAUUUUAUAACAAUCGAUGAGAAAAUACAAAAAUUCAACGUUGUUUCAAUA